UUAUUGGCAGGAACGUGUCGGUUUUCAAAAGUAAAGUAGCUAACUGGCGUGGCGAUGUUUACGGAGAUAAAUGCAGUAACUUAAAUGGAUAAAUAAGAAUAUGAGCUAAUAAAAAUUAAUAGGGGCUCAAAUGGAUGGUAAAAUGAUUGGGCCUGGACCUUAUAGGGCGACGAAAUUGUGGAAUGAGACCAUCAGGCUCUUCCGUGGUGGAAUGCCAGUCAGACGUCACUGGGCUCAUUUCAGGAGUUACGACCACAGUUUUACAGGAGCCGAGGCUGUCGACUUCCUCCACGAGCUGCUCAGACAAAACCAGAACUUCGGACCAGAGGUGACACGCUACCAAACACUCCAGUUACUCCGGAAAUUUCUUAAAAAUCACGUUAUUGAGGAUGUCAAAGGGCGAUUUGGUAAAGAGGACUUUGAGGACAAUGGACAUUUAUACAGAUUCCCCCCACAAUCACCUCUGAAGCCCGUUCCUGUGCGUCCACCUAUAAGAGAUCGCAGCUCAGUACCCAGAAUCCCACGCUGGGACGACUAUGAGGAGAUAUCAGUGCUGGAGAAGAUCCCAAUGAAGCCUCUUAUGAAUUCCGAGUCGUGGAACAAGAGGCACAGCAUCGCCAUCGGUGAGGUUCCUGAAUGCCGUUUAAUCCGGAGGAGGGAAUUAUCCCCGAAACACGUGGACCAGAUAUGGAAGUCAAUGACACUAACACAUUUACAGACUGUUUUGGGUCUCCAGUCUCUGGACGGGGUUUUAGAUGCCAAACUUCUGAGCCCGAAGCACAUCGUUCACAAUGUGUUUGGUGUUAAUAAGCAGGGGAUUGUUGUUCUGAAGAGCAAAGCAGAGGACUUGCCUCAUUGGGUGUUAUCUGCAAUGAAAUGCCUGGCAAACUGGCCCAAUGGCAAUGAUGCCAGGCAGCCCAUGUAUCCAGGGUUCGAGAGAGACGUCUUCAGGACAGUGGCAGAACAUUUUCAGAGAUUGAAAGAGCCACUUUUGACUUUCCAUCUGUAUGAAAUAUUUGUCAGUAUUUUGGGGCUUCUGCAGCGGCAGUCGGUUGCAGUUGAAGCGCUGCAGGUCUGCUGCCUCCUGCUGCCUCCAGCCAACCGUCGUAAACUGCAGCUGUUAAUGCGUCUGAUGGCUAAAGUCUGUGCCAACCCUUCUCUCCCUCCUCUGAACGACACCAUAGGAGCUCGUACCCUGAUGGUCCAGACCUUCUCCCGGUGCAUUCUGGGAUCUGCGGAUGAGGUGGACUUGGACGAGCUGUUGGCCACCAAGCUGGUUACGUUUAUGAUUGAUAACCAUGACAGUGUGCUGAAGGUGCCAUCCAACCUGCGAAAAUCUGUGGAGGAGCAUCUGUCUCACCUCAGAAGAGUUCAGAUAAAGUACGCGGGUGCAGACACGGACACCUCCAUGGUGUCUCCACCUCACUCGUUCUGCAGACAGAUCAGCAGAGAGGAGUUUGAGCAGCAGAGGGUCUCUGGAUCUGAAGGAGCCAUCGUGGAACUACUAGAGAACAUCAUACAAGACAAGAACAUGUCCAUUAAAGACAAGAAGAAGAAGCUGAAGCAGUUCCAGAGAUCUCAUCCUGACAUCUACCGCAGACGCUUUCCCACCACUGAAAGCGAGGAGGCGGUUUUCCCAGAGAGACCCCAGAGACUCAAGCCUCAGCUGAUGUUCCUCACGCUGAAGAAACCCUUCCAGCCCUUCCAGAGGAGCUGGAGCUUUCGGGCUUGAGUCAGUGCUCAGAGCGGUCAGUUUGAGGCUAGGGCGACCAUGUUAAGUAUUAUUAUCAAGGAGAGAUGUUACGAAAUAUUAAAGGUUGCAUUCUGCUAUGACAUCCUGAAUCGAAAUAACACUAAAUUCACCUCAUCAGUGAUCAGAUGGAUUAAAUAAAGUAUGAUGCUGUGCAUUGGAAUCCCUUUAAAGCAAGACCCUACAGGCAAACCCAUUGUUUUUUCAUGCACUGACCAAUUUUGCUUUCAUUACAUGUCUACUUUCAGAAUAGUGGAAAGAAAACAUCCAAAAUGUUUAUUUUAUUACACUUUAUCUAUUUGCAUCUGUAGAUUUCAAUUACAGUACAUAGCUGUGUUUUUUCUAAUUUGUUUCUGGCUGUUUACCGUUUUUUCUUAUUUCUGGAGUGAUAAAAUGAUAAAUCCAAAAUCCCUUCUGUAAAAACCUUUAACAUGUCAACAAAAUGAAACAAGAAUUUUGAACCUGGCUUUGUUCACCUGUAGUGUCUUGCUGUAAGAAUGGGCUUGAAAAUUAUAAUAAAAAAGAUUUAUCUAUAAAAUAGCAAAUCCAGCGGGCCUCCAUAGUGCUUGUUGAUUUUAUUUGUUUGAUGUAAAUAAUCUGCAGCAUUUACAAUCAGUUGUGUUCUAUUUUUAAGCAGCUGUAAUUGGUUUAGUUUUACCUCCAGCUGCAGGUUUCGUCUAACAGCUGUUAAGUUCUCAUUUCUGCUAAAUUAUGCUGUCACCGAUAAUCAGCCAGAAGAAAUAUGUGCCGGUCACCAGAAAAUGGCUUUUGAAAAAUCGAUUUAGGUAGAUGUCAGUGUCACAGCAACUACUGAUGCACUACAAUCUACGCUAUAUUUCUGUCUGUCUUUUGUGUUUUUAUACUUCAGUGUUCUCUGUUUUCAUUGGUUUGUAGGUUUGUAUGUGAUAAUCUGUUUCUUUUGUUUUGUUCUUUCUUUGUAUUUUAUUUGGUAUUAAAGUAGUUCUAGUUUGUCAUGUUUGAUCACGUCACGUAGCACUAAAGAAAACCUUCACAUUUUAUCACUUGACUAUUUAUAACUGAUUGUGAUCGACUCUGUCAUGUUACUGUAAGUAUACUGUAAGAUACUGUUUAAAUCUUCACUGAUGUUUUCUGUAAACUGGAUUCAGCUGGCAGCUUUUACAUGUUUUAAUGCGUUUUCAAAGUAAUGGAUUUUAAUUUUAAUACAAUGCUGGAUCGAAGUCAGUGUCAUUCAGUAUCACUUUUUCAAAGUUGUGUCCCCGGUGUUUUGAUUUUGUACAAUUCUGGAGUUAUUGUUACUGAUUUGGAUGUCUACACUGAGAUUACAAAUAUGGAAUUGGAAAAAAUAAAUCUAUAUUAUUACAUGAUGUUGCAGUUUUUUUUUUUUCUUCAGCCUGUUUACAUAGCCUGAUAUUUCAAGCUGACAGACAUGCUAAACAUAAACCAGUAACUGAAAGGCAGAUAUAGGGUUUCUGCAGAUCUAAAAAAGGUAUUUACGGUCAAAUUACGGUCUUAAAAGUCUUAUAUUAAUAAAGUCAUGGCAUUAAAUGUCACAUGCACUGCAAAAAUCUAACACUGUAAAAUAUUUGACCGUAACAGUAUUUUUUUGUCUUGUUUUUCAAUUCAAAUAUCUGGACAUUCUUAAAUG